UCGCUCUCUUUCUCGAUCUGCGCCACUCGUCCUUUGCGCACGCAGUAGUCACGUACGCCGGACCACCUGCAGCCCGCCUCGGCCGCGCGUUGACGGUCUGUGUGCGCGCAACCCGAACCGAAGAAGAGGCAGGCGCCUUUUGUGUGUGUGUGUGUGUGUGCUCGUCCACCUGAGCAUCGCGGAACAGCAGUUGAGACAUUGAGGAGCGGAGCGCUGGACCUGACCUGGCCGGAUCACUUUGACUCGUCUGUGUCCGCCGCUUUUUGUGCGGGUGCGCGCGCGCGUGUGCAAGUUGCGCGAGAGUGUGCGCAAAGCAAGCAGUUCACAAUUGCCUCGGAAGUGGACGCAGACGCGGCACGGCACUUGGUGGAGUCUUGUAGCGCUUUUCCCCCCUAAUCGAAGCACGUUUUGGGCGAGGGGGGGGGGAAGAGACAAAAAAAAGAUGCUGCAACAGCGACGAUGAGACGAGACUUUGGUCACGAUGCCAUUUCGGUCCUGAUGCGCAAUUCCUAAGUGCUCUUUUUUUUUGGGGGGGGGGGGAUUUUUUUCCACACUUAAAGGGGGAAAAAGUGGAUCGGGUGACUUUACAAGCAUGCGGCACACUUGGCGCUUUGGGACUACUUUGGAAUACUGGACGUGGUUGCUCGCGUGUCUCAUGUGGAUUCGAUACUCGUGCGGGAUGCCUCACGUCAUCCGGAUAGGCGGGAUUUUCGAGCAAACCGACGGACCCGUGUCCCUGGUCAGCGCCGAGGAGCUGGCCUUCAAAUUUGCUGUCAACAACAUUAACAGAAACAGGACCUUACUGCCCAACACCACGUUGACCUACGACAUCCAGAGGAUCAAUAUCUACGACAGCUUCGAGGCAUCCAGGAAAGCCUGCGACCAGCUGUCUCUGGGCGUGGUGGCCAUAUUCGGGCCGUCGCACAGCUCGUCGUCCAACGCCGUGCAGUCCAUCUGCAACGCGCUGGAGGUGCCGCACGUGCAAGUGCGAUGGAAGCACCACCCCAUGGACAACAGGGACACCUUCUACGCCAACCUGUACCCAGAUUACUCAUCUCUGAGCUACGCCAUCCUGGACCUGGUGCAGUUCCUCAAAUGGAAAACAGCCACCGUGGUCUACGACGACAGUACGGGCCUCAUAAGACUACAGGAACUGAUCAUGGCGCCGUCCAGGUACAACAUCCGGCUGAAGAUCCGGCAGCUGCCCGUGGACACGCAAGACACCAGGCCCCUCCUCAAGGAGAUGAAGAGGAGCCGCGAGUUCCGCAUCAUCUUUGACUGCAGCCACCAAAUGGCCGCGCAGAUCCUCAAGCAGGCUCAGACCAUGGGGAUGAUGACAGAGUACUACCACUACAUCUUCACCACUCUGGAUCUGAUGGCCAUUGAUUUGGAACCGUAUCGCUUUUGCGGAGUCAACAUGACCGGGUUCCGCAUCCUCAACGUGGACAACCCCCUGGUCUCGUCCAUUGUGGACAAGUGGUCCACAGAAAGGCAGAUCGUGCCCAAACCGGACUCGGGCCUCCUGGAGGGGAUCAUGACGACAGAUGCGGCUCUGACCUACGACGCCGUCCACAUCGUGUCCGUCUCCUUCCAAAACGCUCCGCUGAUGACCGUCAACUCGCUGCAAUGCCACCGCCACAAGCCGUGGCGCUUCGGCGGUCGCUUUAUGAGUUUCAUCAAAGAGUCCCACUGGGAUGGACUGACAGGGAGACUCUCGUUCAACAAGACUACGGGAUUGCGGACAGAUUUUGACUUGGACAUCGUAAGUCUGAAGGAGGACGGACUGGAAAAGGUCGGCAAGUGGAGCCCGUCCGGAGGUCUCAACAUCACAGAAGUGCCCAAGCGAAAAGGGAUGAACAUCGCAGAUUCGCUGGCCAACCGCUCGCUCGUCAUCACCGCCAUCCUCGAGGAGCCAUACGUCAUGCUUAAGAAGUCUGACAAGGCGCUGGUCGGGAACGACCGCUUCGAAGGCUACUGCGUCGACUUGCUGAAGGAGCUCGCCACCGUGCUGGGCUUCGUGUACGAGAUCCGAUUGGUCCCUGACGGGAAGUACGGCUCCCAGGACGACAAGGGCCAGUGGAACGGCAUGAUCCGGGAACUCAUUGAGCAUAGGGCCGACUUGGCGGUGGCUCCCCUCACCAUCACGUACAUGCGAGAAAAGGUGGUGGACUUCACCAAGCCCUUCAUGAGCAUGGGCAUCAGCAUCCUGUACCGCAAGCCCAACGCCACCAACAACGGCUUCUUCUCCUUCCUCAACCCCAUGACGCCCGACAUUUGGAUCUACAUCCUGCUAGCUUAUCUGGGCGUUAGCUGCGUGCUAUUUGUCAUAGCCAGGUUCAGCCCGUACGAAUGGUACGACGCCCACCCCUGCAACCCGGGAUCAGACGUGGUGGAGAACAACUUCACGUUGUUGAACAGCUUCUGGUUCGGAGUGGGCUCCUUGAUGCAACAAGGCUCCGAGCUGAUGCCCAAGGCCCUGUCGACCAGGAUCAUCGGCGGCAUCUGGUGGUUCUUCACGCUCAUCAUCAUUUCGUCCUACACGGCCAACCUGGCGGCGUUCCUCAUCGUGGAGAGGAUGGACUCGCCGGUGGAAUCGGCCGACGACAUCGCCAAGCAGACCAAAAUCGAAUACGGCGUGGUUCGUGACGGCGCCACUAUGACUUUCUUCAAGAAAUCUAAAGUUUCCACUUUUGAGAAGAUGUGGGCCUUUAUGAGCAGCAAGCCGAGCACAUCUCUGGUCAAGUCCAUCGAGGACGGCAUCCAGCAGGUGCUCAAGUCUGAUUAUGCCCUUAUUAUGGAGUCCACCACCAUCGAUUACGUCACCAGGCACAACUGCAACCUGACGCAGGUGGGGGGCCUUAUCGACAGCAAAGGCUAUGGAAUCGGAACGCCACUCGGCUCGCCGUACAGGGACAAAAUCUCCAUCGCCAUCCUCAACAUGAUGGAGGACGGUCGCCUACACAUGCUGAAAGAGAAGUGGUGGCGCGGCAACAGCUGCUUGGACGACGAGCGUCGAGAGACGGGCCCCAUGGGGAUACAAAACCUGGGCGGCUUAUUUAUCGUGCUGGCGUCGGGCCUGGUGCUGUCGGUUUUUGUGGCCAUCGCAGAGUUUGUCUACAAACUGAGGAAGACGGCGGAGCGGGAGCAGGUCUUUGUGCAGCGCCAUGGUGGACGAGAUCAGACUGUCGUUCACCUGCGAGAGGCGGGUGAAACACAAGCCGCAGCCGCCGGCCGCGGCGAAGACCGAUGCGGUGAUCAACAUGCACGUCUACAACGACCGGCGUCUCCCCGGAAAGGACAACCUGAGCUGCAGCGCUGGGAUGACCCCCGUGUUCCCGUGAGCCUGCGCUCACCGCAGGGCAAGAGCCUCCUGAGCAACGUGUCAGGGGCGCUGCCCGAAACCAGAGACAACGGCAUCGACGGGAUCCUCCGGUUCACCAUGAACCACAGCGACGUGGGGACGCUGACCAAACACGGGCAACUCAAAAUGGCGGCGUCCGCCACGCAGGUAUGACAACAUGGUCUCACGGUCAAAUAAGAGACAUCGUCCUGAAGAAAGAAUCGUUUCUUUCCGUUCCUCGGAGAACAAGUCAUCGGUCCGCUUACGCGCGCAACAUAAAAACACAAGUAAACACGCAACAAAUCAACUGAAAGACUGGACUGAAAAUAAGACCGAAGGCAAUAAAUACCAGUUGGACUAUCAAUUAUGGUUGUCGUAACGUGAUGUACCUCAAAGAGACUGUGUGCUCAUUUGAGUUUUAAGCUAAGUCAAGCUUACGAACCACGGGAUGGAGAGACGAACCCCUCCAAUGCCCGCAGUUAAAAAAAAAUACCCAUUCGGAGGUUCUGUAAUUUCACCACCACAUUCGACGCAAGCAAUGAAAUCAGCGUUGCGGGGUAGAGCCAGCCGCCUUUGUCACGGUGUCGUUUGGGGGUUUCCCUGUUUUAGGCCUCACGCGACUUUGUGCACGAGUGGACUGCUCGUAUGUAUGGAGAGAGAGAGAGAGAGAGAAGAAAAAAAAUUCCUUGCCAAAGAUGUGACCUUUCAAAAGACGACGAGCGUGUAAUCUGGAGUUUAAUGCAAAUGGAUGGGGAACCUGCAUCUUAUGACGGAUGGAAAAACAGAGCAAAUGGAAUAUUGAUUUAUCAGAGCGUUUCAUUGCUAGGGUAGCAACGCCACGCGACUUUGUUCGUAAAUCCGAAGGCGCCAAAGUUAUUUCGCAAUUGCGGGAAAUAGUCAUUGAAAAAACAUUGAGGCAAACAAUCCAAUGAAAAGCAGUAGCAGACAACCCCGUGUCCGUCUAGCGUUUCCAGCCAUCUCAUCCGAUGGCGUGUUCGAGUGGACCUAUUGAGCGCGUGUUCGACAAGUGACGCGCCAGAGAACCUCUGUGAGGUUUGCCAAAUACAUCCAUAUAAAAAGACAAACAUUUUAAAAAUCUAUCUUAUGAGUGUGUAAACCUUAGCACUGGUCGACUUAGAGACCCGUUGUAUCAUUGUUUGGAUCCCUUCGGCAAAGUAGAGUGUGUAGAUAAGAUGAGCGGGAGACAAAUGUAUUUUGCUAAAAUUUAUAAUUGUUAUCAAGGAACUCACAGUCGACGUGUCAUAGAUGCUAUCUCUUUCAAUCGAGAGCUCACUUGAGCCUCCUUCCUCACUUUGUCCCGGAGUCAUAAUCAAGGAAAUGCAGUAUAUUAUGCUUUGCCUUCAGCCAGAUGGGGAAAGAGUCUGUAAUUGUUCUUUUUUUAGACUGAUAGGGAUUUUCUUUGAAGGCUGAAAAAUCGGAUUCUGGCAGAAUAAAUUCCUGAUAACCGAUUAAUCAGCCGAUUCAUCAAAAAAAUAAAAUAAUGUAGGCUACCUGAUAAUUAGCCCAUUAAUCAAAAACAAAAAAAUACAAUAAACUAGCGUAGGCUACCUUUGGGUCGUCAUGAUAAUAAAGAAUGGAUUACAGGCCGAACAUUUGACGGUUUUACAAUACUUUGUCUUUAGUAUUUGUUUAAAUAUCAGAGCAGAGAAAAAUCAAAAACAUUUUGGAUGAUUUCUUGGGGGGGAUGACUGUAUUUCUUGUGUUGAAAUUCAUUCAUUUUAAAAGAGCCAGUAUCAGCCAAUUUAGUGGGCCAGGCCCAUUCAUCGGUUGGGUCCGAGUCCUUGAUAUAUUUCGACAAGGAAAAAUACGUGAGCUGAAAACACGGUGGGAGAAGAGUUUAUUUCCCUGAGCAACCUGUGUAUGGUUUGAUAUUAUGGAAUAUCACGCAGGUGAUUGUAGACAUUACCUCCACCAAGGAAUGUAUUUUUUCAUCAUGGAUAGUUUGGCAUAUUACUUUAAAAAAAAAUGGCUUAAAAGAAUUCCUCUAACAUCCCAUACUUUGUUGAAAUCUCAGCAUGUCUGAACCUGAAACCACAAAAAUGUAGCAAUCCUUUUUCAACCUAACAAUUAUAAUAGAAUCGUUUGACUUUAACACAGCAAAAUUUUGUCGUUUCAAAAGUAUACCUUUUCUUUGUUUUUAAUCGAGCCCCCUACAAAUUUUACACUUGGAAAAGUAAAAUUAAAAAUUAAAAAAAGAAAAAGAGAAUAAUGCGUGGACAAAAGAUUGCUUGGCGGAGGUAAUUCAUUAAUUUAUUUGAUUUGCAUUGCUGUUUCUUUGAAUGAGUGUCAAUAACGUCAUCCCAAACUAAACUGUAUGACGUGAAGGAGAUUUUAAUGCUACCUGGGUUUUUUUUGGGGGGGUUCUGGGGAGAAAAGUCACAAUGCCUUUGUUUUUUUGGGAGUUGUGAUGCUUCUAACAUUUGUUCGGAAAAGAAGAAGAAAAAAAAUACUCAAAUAUGUUGGUGCCAACCAGGGUUUUCUUUGUGGACAUUGAGAAUUUCUAUGAAUAUAGUUUUUGUAACGUUUUGUACAAAUACAAUAAAUACAAAAGAACAGGAACAAGGAUUUACUAGUUAGUGUAAUGUGUUAUGAGAAGAUUAGACCAUUUGACAUGCGAGUAAAACAGCGGGACUUUCAGCUACAUAGUAUCAAAAUAAACUUAUUGAAAUGUUUUCUUUUUAACACACUGUGAAUUAUUCAAUUGUACAGGUUGCUGUAUGGGUUAUAUAAAGUUUUAAAUAAAAAAAAAAU